GUGGCAUCGGCCAGGGUGGCAAUUCUUCUCACAGACUCAAAGAUGGACGAUAAAGGUGCCGUUGCUGUGACGCUCCUCAAACGUGACGCCCAGGAUGUCACGAAGCCUCAAUAUGAUCGCGUCAUUAUGGUCUUCACGGCCGCGGCAGACCGCGUCAAAAUUGCUCAGGGCAUGGAAGAUUAUCUGGAGCGUGCCGCGAGACACAGUCCCGCUCUCCCAAGCGACUGGCGAAGCCGUACCACCUGGCUCCAGGCGGAAUCCAACGUCCUGGGCGAAGCGGUACCACACGAAGGUUGGUACAGGCAUCUUCCAAAACCUACAUGGAAUCUUCCUAUCGCAACAGCCGAUAGGGUCGCCGCGUCGGUUGCAAAGGCUGGCGGGGAGCCCUCUGUCGACAUUUUCCAGAUAGCGCCUUACGAGGACAGGGCCGUCUGGGAGCUCUUCAAUAAGAUACCCAACAUCAACAUUUACCACCUCUUCUACGGUUACAACUCCCGCCAAGGCGUCGCUAACGAUCGAUGGACCGCUGCGGAGAAGAAGGCCCUCUCCAAGAGGCAGGUUGAGUUCCACGCCACUCUCCAGCGACGACUACAGACCAAGCAUCCCAGGGCUCGGUUGAUCUUUACACAGAACCCCAUCUCAUUUGACGAUCCGAGAGCCGGGUCUCAAGACCUGAACUGGUGCAGACGCUAUUUCCCAGAAACAGAUAUCAUGAUGGCGCUCAGAGACCCAUUCUGGACUAAACUAAUCCUAAAGGCGAACACCUACGCCGACCGGGCGAGAUUAAGAGGCGUACCUCACAACGAAUAUGACGAUGCCUUCAUGACCCGGGUCGUCAACGCUCGCCAGCAAGACAACUCGGAGCGAAAACACAUUGCUACCAUGCUGCGGAGCGCGGCCACGAGCAAUACAUUCAAGACGCAGUGGCCGAGGUCACAUUAUCGGGUGACCAACAUCGGGAUCCCCGAGUUCUCUGGAAAACCUUCCCCAACCCUAGAGCUUGGAGACGGGAACCAUAUAGCAGCCGUCUUGGAAUAUCUAGACAGCGAAGCCGGGCACUCUAGGGCCGGCAGUAGCGCAGUAGGAAAGCUCUUGCCAGCCAUGUGCGACACUACUGAGGGGAAUCCCGACUUGCCUCCUACUUUCGUCAAACUAAAGCUUACUCCCUAG